AUGAGCGCACAAAAUUACUCUUUAGGAGGUGGCGUUGCAGGAAUAGAAGAAGAUAAUUUCGAACUGAUAGAGUCUUCUUCGCAUUGGGAACGUUUCACUACUUUGGUUGAAGAGGUUUUGACCGGGUGGGGAGUUACUAACGGGAAACUUGGAAGCUUUGAAGAAUUUGAUCUUCUGUAG